CCUCUCCCCGGCCAAAGGUAGCGUAAGAUAACAGACAAGACAAGACAUCCUCCGCUGACGGAGGAGAGAACGCGCGAAGCGUGAGUGAAAUCUCCCUCUCUCUCUCUCUCUCUCUCUCUCUCUCCUAUUUAAUAAGAAAAUCCCACAAUUUUCGAAUCGGAUAUUUUGGGUAUAUCUUUUCGAGUUACCUCCGACUCCGACUGACUGCGGUAUGUUCCUCGUCGCUAUCGGAAGAGUUUACUUUCACAGGAGCAACAGUUAGCGUUGGGGUUUAGGGACUGAAUGGGUAUCUCCGCCCCCUUCCUUUAAAGCUGCGGCCGGGAUGUCUCUCGGAGAAGCGCUGAUCGACUGCGUCAAUCAACGACACGACCGGAUUUCUUCCAAGAGGAAAUUCGACGACUAUGGUUCCUCUGACGAAGAUUUCUGCGACUUAGUCUCCGUAAGAAUGAAGAGAGACGAAGCCGAUGUCGUCAAUUCCUCCGGAGUAGAAAACGAGACUCGAUUAUCACCUAGCGGCAAAGCCGAUGAUGAAUCUUCCGGUCUUGGAACUAGGGUUUCCGAUGCUCGAUCGGCUUCUUGCAGUAGUAGUUCGAGUGCCGAAGACAUGGAAGGAUCAGUCUCAAGGUUGCAUUUUUUCGUGAGGAUGAUUUCUGGUGGGAACACGAUUGUCUUGCACGCCAACUCCGGGGAUUCUGUUGAAUCUGUUCAUGAGCAAAUUCGAAGGAUAACCGGGAUUCCGAUCAUCGAGCAGCGUUUGAUUUACCGAGGGAAGCAGCUCCAGUGGGAGCAGACGCUCGCCGAGUGCUCGAUCCAGAACGACGCGGGGCUCCAGUUGGUUGGGCGGAUGAGGAGCACGGAGUACCCUCGUACUUGGCAGGUUGUCGACGACUUGGUUUCUUCAAUAUGCCGCCUAUAUCGGGGGGACUCCCUCCGUUCGUCCAAGAUUGUCAAGUGCCGGGUGAAAGAAUUCUUGACUAUGACUCCGAGGGAUGACUUUGAGUUGGCAUCGGGGCAUCUUCGGAUUCUUAGGUCUUCUGGUGCGGUCACUGCGCUCGUCAUGCUUUACCUCUCCCCCCUCAGAGGUAACAAAGAAUGCGCCGAAGAGUCCAUUCGGCUCUUUCUUGUUCCGAAUAUUGAGAUUCUGUCCAAAAAUGUACAGUCCCAGUGUGCUCCAAUAGUGUUAGAAUUCUGUAAAUUGCUUACUAGCACUGCUCAUGAUGAUCCACUCUACGCAUCAUGUCGAAGCACCCUCGCUAUGUUGUUGGAGAAUGCUGGGGUUACACAUUGGUCCAGGUACUUUGAUCACGUAGAGCCAUCCGUUGUGAUACGGGAGUUUUACCCAUUUGUAAAUGAAUUAGCGGGUAGGCUCUCUAAUGAUUUAGAGUCAAGUAUGAACUCGUUACCAUGUGAAGGGAUAUCUGCAAGUGGUAUCCGUGAAUUUAGUGCUUUCUUAGUGCCCCUGCAGGUAGCAAUUGGGCGCCAGAUGGAUGGGGAUAGAAAAGGUCCCCUUCAUAGAAAUUUGCAUGGGGCCUGUCACACAAGCCCAUGUGAUGGGAAUGAGAUUGAAUUGCUGCAUGGCAAUUUCUUGGAUUUGCUCGGAAAAAUUGAUCAAUGCCUUAAGAAAGUGGAGGAGUUUUCGGUUGCUAACGGAGCAGGAGAAAGUGAAAGCCACCGCACUGCAUGGUCUCAAUAUCUUGCUAUUCUAAAGGAAUUGAAUGUCAUCGCUAAACUCUAUCCUGGUGCCGAAGAAAAACUGUGCUUUGUUAUGAGAGCGAGGCGGUUUUCUUUGAACACUAUUAUUAGAUUUGCAAAGAGAAGUGAUGAUCAUCAUUGGCUUCUUCAGCAUAAGGAUGUGACUGAUUUUGAGUCUAGGAGGCAUUUGGUGAUGAUGAUGUUCCCGGAUAUGAAAGAUGAUUAUGAAGAGAUCCAUGAGAUGCUGAUUGACAGGUCACAAUUGUUGGCAGAAUCCUUUGAGUACAUAGCUCGUGCAGAUGCUGAGGCCCUGCAUGGUGGGCUUUUUAUGGAGUUUAAAAAUGAGGAAGCUACUGGUCCUGGUGUCUUGCGGGAGUGGUUUUGCUUGGUAUGCCAAGCAAUAUUCAAUCCACAAAAUGCCCUUUUUCUAGCGUGCCCAAAUGAUCGACGAAGGUUCUUCCCUAAUCCUGCAUCUAAUGUGGAUCCCAUGCACCUUGAUUAUUUUGGCUUCUGUGGUCGGGUGAUUGCAUUAGCUUUGAUGCAUAAAGUGCAAGUAGGUAUUGUAUUUGAUCGUGUUUUUUUCUUGCAACUAGCUGGUAAAUCUGUUACUUUGGAAGAUGUGCGGGAUGCAGAUCCAUGUCUGUAUAUGAGCUGCAAAAAGAUUUUGGAGAUGGAUGCUGAUUUUUUGGAUUCAGAUGCUUUGGGGCUGACAUUUGUCAGUGAAGUUGAAGAGCUAGGAUCCAGGAGAGUGGUGGAGCUUUGUCCUGGUGGGAAGGGCAUUGUUGUGAAUAGUACUAAUAGAGAGGAAUAUGUGAAGCUCCUCAUUAAGCAUCGCUUUGUCACAUCAAUCUCUGAACAGGUGACAAAAUUUUCUCGAGGAUUUUCUGAUAUUCUUUGUAAUUCCAGCUUGCAAAAGGUCUUUUUCAAAAGUUUGGAGCUUGAAGAUCUUGAUCGUAUGCUGCAUGGAAGUGAAAAGGCGAUUUGUGUAGAGGAUUGGAAAGCACAUACUGAUUACAAUGGCUAUAAAGAAACAGAACGCCAAAUCUUCUGGUUUUGGAAAAUUGUUGAUGAAAUGUCUCCAGAGCAGCUAAGGGUUCUUCUCUUCUUUUGGACUUCAUUGAAGUACCUACCAGUAGAGGGCUUUGGCGGUUUGGCUUCUCGCCUCUACAUCUUUAAGACAUCAGAUUCUCCUGAUAGGCUACCCUCAUCCCACACAUGCUUCUACCGGUUAUGUCUUCCGCCUUACCCAUCUCUGGCUGUUAUGCGGGAUCGCCUCCGUAUCAUAACCCAGGAACAUGUUAGCUGCAGCUUUGGUAUUUGGUGAGAAUACUCUGCUGUUUUAUGAUGAUGGAUUGGUUGCUUCUUGCUUGUAAAAUGGUGUACAGUUCUUAGGAUCAUAGCCUAUUUCUAUUUUUGUUAGGGCAUCUUAAAAGCUAAAAGGUGGUGGUUAUCACUUCGUGUUUACUUUAGCGAAGUACAUUUUCUCAGCCCCUUUUGUCAAUUGUGAUAUAUGUAAGGUGUUAUAUAAGGUAUACCAGAAAGAAGGCAGAAAGAAAGAGAUCCUUGUUGCACAAGCUUCUCUCGCCUGAUUUUUUUUUUCUCUGAAGUUUGAACCGUAAAGAGUAUGGAGGAGGUCUAUUUCGGUUUUAGCUGUUAA